AUGGCUGGGCACGGGAGCACGGUGCAGAGCCAUCCAAGCGAAGGCAUGCACGGAGUGGUCAUCGGCAGUCUGAGCUCGGACGCGUGGGAGAUGUACGUGAAAUGGACCGCUCCGCAGAAAAAGUCGCACUCGGUUGUCCAGACAACGUCGGGCACGAAUCUGCCUGGAGAGGAUAUAUCACCAGUCCCAUUCGUCGACUCGGAGGUGGCCGUCUCCACAUUGAUUGUGGCGCUGUCGAAUCCUGGCCCCAACUUCCCUCGGAUCCACGCUCUGGCUUCGGGUCAAGUCAUUUGCAAUGUGCACUACCUCUGGGUCGGCGUCCAGUUCAUCGUCCAGGUCUUGAAACGAUGA